AUGCUUGGAGCAUUUGGAGGUCUUUUAGGCUAAAGCACUGAAAAAAAGAGAUAGCAAUAGUUUAUUUAUUAGUUAAAAAAGGAGGAUAAAACUGAAAGUGAAAUCGAGUUUGUUUCUAAGUACUUAGAAAGCAACAUCAAAUCCAAUACUCUCGAACAGAUAAAGAGUAUCUUAGAAAAGGAGGAAUUUGAUAAAAUUAUAAAGCUCUUCUAGUAUGCCGAUCUUAAGUAAGGAGAUGAAGUCCCUUCAGAAAGCAAUCAGUUCUAAAAACUAAAUUUGAUAUUCAUAAUUAAUGGUUCUAUUGAGCUCAUCCAAACUUUUGAAGAACAAAAUGAAUCUUUGAAAAAGUUUGAAACAAAUGAGCUGAUUGUCACAGAUGAAUAGUAAUAGGUACAGUUAAUUCAAAGUCCAAAGGAAAAUGCAACCUAUAAGUUAGUUUGUGUAGAAAAUUCUUAAAUUGCUUACAUCAAAAGAUCCUAUUUAGAUAAGAUAUUAGAAGCAAGCUCUGAAAGAUUUGAAAAAGAAUUUAAAACAAAAAUAAAUUGUCUUAAGGCUGUUUUCCCUAACAUUGCAAAGGCAGAAUAAGGACAGCAAAGACUUAAAUCUAAGAAUUUUAAAUUAUAUGGAAAGUAAGAUUAAGGUACUAUUAUGACUACAACCACAAGUGGUUCUAAUGAUGUUUUUGUACUUUCGAAGGGAAAAAUAUUAGUCUGGGUUCCAAAGUCUAAAGUUAAUCAAGAUUACUCCGAAGAUUUUAUUGUAAUUGGUCUUAUCAGUGAAAACUAGAUGUUUAAUGAAUCUUACAGCUUAUUUAACAAAGAAUGCAUUUAUGGAACUAUGAUGAUAGGUGAAGGCAAGAAUGAAGUAUUUUAAAUAAACAAAGAUAAUUUGGGUACAGUUUGUGAAAAUUCUACUUUAGAUUAUCUCAAAGCUAAUAGCGAAAUCAAAGACAGAAUGUAUAAAAAUCACAUUAAAAGAUAUAGCAGCUAUAAACUAGAAGAAAUUUUAGAGAAACAAAAAGAUUUAUGUAAAAAGCUGGACUUGAGCUUUGAUAAAAUAAAAGAGCUUUUCUAAAAAUCUACAAAAGAUAAAAAAAUUGUAACACACAAUCUGAUAAACAAAAAUGAUUUUAACAAAAACUUAGAAAACUUUAAUAAAAUAAUGAAAAAUUCAACUUUCAAAACAACUGAACUGCAAGGCGAUAAGGAAGAUAUUGCUUCAACUGUUACCCCUCGUCUUGUUUCAAGAGGAAACGGAUUAAAGUCUCUCACUCCGGCUUAGUAACUUUCUCUAAUUGCUUUAAGAUCAAGUGGUAAAGGCUUAAGAGAAGGUACCAGAAAUGUUAAUUAAAAGAUUUCAGAUUUAGAUUUUGAUAAGGCAGAAGAAGAGAAGAAAAAUUUGAAUUAAUUAGUUAAUGGUGGUGGAAUAUUAGUAAAAAAGAAUAUCUAAACUCUUGAUGUGAGUAGUAAAUCAGAAACAAAAAGCUAAGAUAAUCCAGUCUAAUAAUAAACAAAAGAAGAAAGCAAGGAAGCAGCCAAACCUUUGGCUUAACAAGAUUAAUCUUCUGUUAAAAAGUCUCUUCAUCAAAAGCUCGAAGUUUCUAAUGGAGAACUAUUGUAAAAACUUGGUUAAUUUGACAGCACUAAGCCAUAAUAAAAUGAUUAACCAAAACAAUCACAAACAAAUGUAGAGUCAACAUAAAAAAACCCAGGAUUUAUCUAGAUGUCCGAAUUCUCCUUAAAAACUACUACUAAAGACAAACCUUUCAAUUCUGUGUUCUUAAAUAUUGCAAAAGAAGAGAUCAAUCAAGUUGAAAGUAAGCCUAAAGUUGAAGAUAAAUUCGCUUAACAAAGAAAAAAGCUAAUGACAUUUGGCAUCUGA